CGCCAUCCGCCUUCGAUUUAUCUGAUUGAUUCUGAUCUCAUCUCAUUGAUUGAGCUGCAAGCGCCAUUAGGGUUCCGAACCUCGCCAUCGCCCGAUCGGGGGGGAGAGAGAGAGAGAGAGAGAGUGGUUGGUGGUGAGAGGUUGGGGAGAGGGAGACGAUGGGAGGAGGCAAUGGCCAGAAGGCAAAGACGGCGCGCGAGAGGAACCUGGAGAAGAAUAAAGCUCCCAAAGGAAGCCAGCUUGAGUCAAACAAGAAGGCCAUGAACAUACAGUGCAAGGUUUGCAUGCAGACGUUUAUGUGCACCACAUCGGAGGUGAAAUGUAGGGAACACGCCGAAGCUAAGCACCCGAAGUCAGAUGUCUACGCAUGUUUCCCGCACUUGAAGAAGUGACAAGCAAUGUAUUGUAGGGCUUUAGUUCCUUCUUUUGGGGUUGGGACGGAAUCAUCUUGUGUAAAGUAUCAUUAUCGCAACUUUUCAUUGUCCCAAUCAAUGGAGACUGACCCUCUGAGUGAAUCUUAGCAGUUGGUGUCCUUGAAAUGUCAUCUCGCCUUUACCUGACUACGUGACUUGCUUCUGCUUGUAUGGUGUCCCCUAGCUGGGAUUAAAGUUCAUCGUUGGUUGUC